CACGGACACGGAGCAUAGCUCGAGAGAGAGAAGGCUUGACGAAGACGAAGGAGGAAGAAGAAGACGAAGAAGGUUCUUUCGGUUCCAUUUUUGCUUCGAUCGGAAGCUCGGUCCGGCGAUUCGCAGUCCUCUCGGCGGAGGAGAAGAGUUAGUGUCAAUGACGGAGGAGAAGAGAGAGAUCAUCCCGCCGAAGUACGACCUCGAUGCCAAAUGGGACGAGUGCGUCGAUCUCACCGUCCGUCGAUUCGUCUACACGUCCCUCGCCGGUGCCUUUGGCGGCCUCCUCCUCUUCCGUAGUCCAGUGUCUCGUUGGGCAGCCGUAGCUUUUGGUGCUGGGGUCGGCAUUGGAUCUGCUUACACCGAGUGUUCUCAGAAGUUUGAUGGAUUCCCCACAAAGUUUGCACCACCUGCUCCUAAGGUAUCAGAUACACCUGCCCCCAAGACAGUAUUGCAGAAUCCUGGUUCACAGGAAGGACAAGAAUGAGAGUUGUUGCUCCUGGAAACUUAGCCACUUAGAGCUGAUUAUUGAGUUGGAGUUUCUUGAUUGAGAUUGUUGGUUGUUCCCUUGAGAAGGCUUUCAAGAAUGCAGGAGAAAUAUUGUCCCAUGACAAAAUGUAAUGCGAGCUUUUUAUGAGAUCCCUGAUUUGCAUUUUGUUGUAGCUUUUGCAAAUAAUGGCGACUUGCUGUAUCAUCACCACUGGCAAAUCAUCCUCGCCCUGCCCAGUUUUACCCAUCUUUCUACAUGUUUGGAUUCGGUCUUAUACGGAUACGGUGCUAGCAUUUAUAAUCCUUUUGUGCAUUUUC